AUGGACCGUAGUGACCUCGUCUGCAUGCUGAUGCAACAGCAUAUGAACCUGCAGUACCAAGUCCAUCAGCACCUCUCUGAAAGACGUAGAAGACGAAGACAGCAGAAGAGGAGGGUUGUCCGGAACAUAUGGGUUCGUGAGUGGAUUGCCAGGAGACCUCUGCUUGGGCUGUACGAUCGUCUCAUGGUGGAGCUCCGCAAUGAAGAUCCAAGAGCCUUCCAGAACUUCAUGAGAAUGCCACCUGCCAUGUUCGACGAAGUUGUGGAGAGACUAACACCAGCCCUUGAAAAGAAGACAACCAAGUGGCGAGAACCCCUUGAGCCAGGCCUGAAGGUUGCCCUCACCCUCAGGCACCUUGCUUCUGGCGCCAAGUACCGGGAGAUGCAGUAUGGUUGGAGGGUGCCUCACAACACCAUCUGUAUAGUGGUGCGUGAGGUGUGUGAGGCCAUCGUCGAAGAGUUCCAUGACGAGCUACUCAAGCCACCACAGAACGCUGCAGAGUGGCGUACGGUCACCAGCGAUUGGAUGAGUAGGUGGAACUUUCCACAUGUCAUCGGUGCCAUAGACGGCAAGCACAUUGCCUGUAAAGCUCCUGCCAACAGUGGAUCCGACUACUACAACUACAAGGGCUUCUUCAGCAUCAUCCUCCUGGCAGUCGUCACAUCUGACUACAAGUUCAUGUGGAUAGACGUCAGCGGCAAGGGUUCAACAUCUGAUGCCCACAUCUACAACUCAAGUUCUUUGAAAGAGGCUCUCGAGAAGAACGACUUGGUUGGAUUCCCGCAGCCUGAUCCUCUCCCAGGUGACACAGAGGAUGUCCCUUAUUUUCUGGUCGGAGAUGACGCCUUCGCCCUCCGGACCUUCAUGAUGAAACCGUACGGUAACAGGGACAUGACCAGGAAGCAGAGGAUCUUCAACUAUAGACUCUCGCGAGCCAGAAGGGUGGUUGAGAAUUCGUUUGGCAUACUUGCUAAUCGAUUUCAACUUCUCCUGACCACCAUGUUGCACGAACCUGACACUGUGAGGCUCCUGGUCAAGACGUGUAUAAUCCUCCACAACCUGAUGAGAAUACGGUACCCAGUGAUGCAGAACCGACUGGUGGAUGUGGAGCAACAAGAUGGACAACUGGUGCCCGGUGCCUGGCGUUUAGGCAAGAACCUUGCAGACACGAGACCCGACAGACUACCAGGGAACAAUAGAGACUUCAGACAAGCCAAGGCUCAGAGGAACCUCAUCAUGGAAUGGAAACCAAAGCUCACCCCUCUCACACGCCUCUCCACUCCACCUGGUGGCCACACCACUCUCACACAGGCCACAGGUGCUCACAGGCAUCUUCAAGAGUAA